AUGGCUUCCAAAGAGAGCCAUCUGACCACCACACUCCUGGUGUCCAUCCUGGCGGCGGUGCUUGGCUCCCUGCAGAUUGGAUACCACACGGGGAACGUCAACGCUCCAGCCAAGAUCAUUGAAGAGUUCUUCAAUCACACCUGGAGAGCCAGACACAACGAGUCGAUGCCAGAUCACAGCCUGACCCUGCUGUGGUCGCUCUCCGUCAGCAUAAAAGACUUCGGCGCCUUGCUCGGCUCGCUAGGAGUUAAAUAUCUGGCAGAUUCUUACGGAAGACGUAACUCCAUCCUCAUAGUGAACUGUCUCUCCAUGGUCGGAGCAUGUCUGAUGUCCACCUCCAAAGUCUGUGAGUCGUUCGAGGUCCUCAUCCUGGGACGGUUGGUGUUCGGUCUCUUCUGCGGUCUGGUGAUGAGUCUCAAUCCACUCUACAUCCAGGAAGUGUCCCCCACAAACCUGAGGGGGGCUUUCGCUACACUCAACCAGGUGUCCUUCGCCUUAGGCAUCCUGCUGGGAAUGGUGGCAGGUCUGGAGACAGUGUUGGGCACGGAGCAUAACUGGGCCAUGAUGCUGUCACUGUCCCUCAUCCCGGCCUUGGCACAGUACCUGAUCUUCCCAUUCUGUCCGGAGAGUCCUCGCUACCUGCUCAUCAACCGAGGAGAGGAGAGCAAAGCCGAGGCCGCCCUGCUGAGGCUGCGGGGCUGCACAGACAAGGUGCUCACGGAGCUGGAGGAGAUGAAGGAAGAGGCCGCCCACACUCAGACCGGCGUCACCAUCCAGGAGUUCUUCAAGAAGCAAAGAUACAAGCAGCCAAUCAUCAUCGUCCUCAUCAUCAACUUAGGCAGCCAGCUGUCUGGAUUCAAUGCGAUCAUCAAUUAUUCCACCAGGAUGUUCCAGGCUAAGUUUGACCAGGCCAAAUACCUGACUCUGGGUGUGGGCGCCGUCAAUGUGACCUUCACACUGGUGGCAUUCUUCCUGAUGGAGAGGGCGGGGCGGAGGAGAUUACUCCUGACUGGUUUCAUCUCCAUCGCAGCGUGUACCUUACUAAUGACCAUCGUCGACUCCGUCCAGCACCUGGUCCCGGAGCUGCGGAGCCUGCAGGUCCUGCUGGUUUUCUGCCUGAUUUCGGCCUACGAGCUGGGUCCAGGUCCAAUCUCCUGGUUCAUCGCUGCUGAGCUCUUCGACCAGCCCGGCAGGCCCAUCGCGAUGGCCUUCACCAGCAUGCUCAACUGGGGAGGGAAGUUUGUCCUGGCACUCGUCUUCCCUCCGUUACUGAAAGUCUGCGGUGCGUACGUCUACCUCCUCUUCAUGGCCGUGGCUCUGCUCGCCUUCACCUUCACCUGGAUUCGCCUCCCGGAGACAAAAGGUCGCACGUUUGAUGACAUCGCAGAGGAGUUCAGAGGAGCAGAGGGAAUCCCUUUAAACAAUAAGACCGGAUUCAACACUUUCACCUGA